AUGGGUCCGUCGUUCGUCCCGAUCAACCCGAAACCGUUCUUACAAUCGUUAACCGGGAAAAAAGUCCUCGUGAAGUUAAAAUGGUCCGGCAUGGCGUAUAAAGGUUUUUUAGUCUCCACGGACGCGUACAUGAACGUGCAACUCGCAAACACGAUGGAAAUAAUCGACGGAGAGGAAACCGGGAAUUUGGGGGAGGUUUUGAUAAGGUGUAACAACGUCUUGUGGAUUAGCGGGGUUGAUGAAGACGAGGAAGAGGAGGAAAAGGAGAAGAAGAAAUGA